AUGCUUUUCAAUUCAACUAAAAGAAAAUUUCAAUAUUCUGUGCUACCAUUGGAGCUGAAAUUUGCCGUUUUCGAUCACGUCAACUGGGACGAGUCGCUGAAUUGUAUGAAGGUCAGCAAACAAAUACGCAAGAUCUCUCUCUCGAGUGGGCCUUUCACGAAAAAUCUACAAGAAAUUUCUCUUAAACGUCUUGAUUCAAUCACCGAGCAAUAUUUGCUUCGAAUUACGUCGAAAAAUCGUGAAACCGAGCUCGCUCUUGAUGGAUGGGAACUCGUUUGGCAAAGAUGGGCCUUCGUUCGACGCAUUCGAUAUCUCGAGCAGCAGUUCCGGUACCAGGCGACGAGUCGCUCGAUUGCAAGCAAUAAUGUGCGGGUUUUAGAACCUUUCCGAGUGUUCAGCAAUUACUACGCUCCGGAUAAACGCAAGAAUCUCACAUAUAAGGUUUUGAAAUCGGCUGUCAUCGCAAUUGCUGCCAGAAUCAACAAUCAAUCUAGUGGAUCGAAAUACCGUAAGUACCGCCGGCCAUCAGCAAGGAGAAGUGGUGUUUGGUGGGAUGUUGAUGCAAUCUGGUUUAUUGACUAUCCGGCCUCCAUCUACGUUCGUCCGCUGACCCAAAUCGAGAUCUCGGAUAACAAGAUGGUGGUGUAUCCUCGUAAUGGUCGAGCAGAGGAUUUGGUUCGAUUUGAAACCCGCUUCCUUUUGAUGAAGGUACUUAACUUUUGUGCCAGCGUCAUCUCUCUCGUUUUGUUGCUCUGGGCCGUUUGUGAAAAUUACUUGACGGCUCGUGUUCGCUUUUACGAACUUUUUGACGCAAUUGGUUUUUGGAGCCUUUUGGCGACACUUUUGUGCAUCAACGAUGUUUUGGGUGAUUGCAAAGAUCUCUAUAUAGAAGCCAAGAAGAUCUUGGCAUCCGUUUCUCUACUUGAAGGCCAAAGC